CCUUCGUGUACUUCUUGGAAUUUAAAAGUAACCAAACUUAAUCGCCAAGAAAGAUACAAGAAGUCAGCUUCAUGCAUUUUCUUCCCCCUUCGAUUAAAUUAGAAAAUCAACCAAAGAAAUGUUUGAAACACAUCAAUGGCCGGCUUUGCUAUACCACUUCUCCUCUGCUACACAAUCUUGUCAACCUCAAUUCCCCUCACCACUCCAACGGACAUCAUCACCCCAACUCAAACCACCGGAGUAACCGACACCGUAGUUUCCGCUGGCGGCAACACUGAGCUCGGGUUCUUCACUCCCAGCGGCAAGCCCAACCACUGGUACUUAGGAAUAUGGUACAAGAAAAUCUCCACCAGAACUGUUGUUUGGGUCGCCAAUAGAGAAAUCCCACUAACUGAUUCACUUGGCAUUUUACAACUAACCCAAGAAGGCAAUCUCCAACUUGUUAACAGCAGUGGGAGUAUAAUUUGGUCAUCGAAUGUAUCACGACCGGUUCAGAAUCCGGUUGCCCAAUUACUAGACACCGGAAAUCUCGUGGUGAGAGAAGGAAAUGACACUAACCCGGAAAAUUUCUUUUGGGAAAGUUUCGAUUUUCCCACGGAUAAUCUCCUAGCAGGGAUGAAAUUCUGGAGGAAUUUGAAAUCCGGUCUGGACCGGUACCUAACAUCGUGGAGGAGCACGGAUGACCCGGCUCCGGGUAAUUUCACGUACCGGCUUGACCUGAGGGGGUACCCGGAAUUGAUAUUGAGGAGUGGGGAUACGGUGCAGUUUCGGUCUGGGCCGUGGAAUGGGCUUCGGUUCAGCGGUUUUAAUAUGCUGGUACCCAAUCCGGUUUACACAUUCGGGUUCGUUUUUAACCAGGAGGAGGUGUACUAUUACUUUGAGCUGGUGAAUGUUUCUGUUGUGACGAGGUUGGUUUUGAACCCGAGUGGGUUGAUCCAGCGGUUCACUUGGGUGGACCGGACCCGGGGUUGGGUCUUAUACUCGUCGGCUCAAACGGAUAACUGCGACAGCUAUGCACUGUGUGGGGUGUACGGUAGCUGUAAUAUUAACAGGUCACCUCCAUGCUGGUGCCUGAAUGGGUUUGUGCCGAAUUUUCCACAAGACUGGGACAAGGCCGAUUGGUCCCAAGGGUGCGUUCGAAGGGUGCAAUUGGACUGCUUGGGAGAUGGGUUUGUGCAGUAUAGUGGGGUGAAAUUGCCAGACACAAAGGGUUCAUGGUUCAAUGUAACCAUGAGCCUAGAAGAAUGCCAGAGGGUGUGUUUGGAGAAUUGCAGUUGCACUGCUUAUACGAGUUUAGAUGUCAGAGGAGGAGGAAGUGGGUGCUUGCUCUGGAUUGGUGAUCUGAUUGAUAUACGGGAGUACAACGAAAAUGGGCAAGAUCUUUACAUUCGGAUGGCUGCUUCAGAAUUAGAUACCAAUGCUGGCUCCACUGCAAAGAAAAAGGAAAAAGUAGCCAUAGCUGCCUCUGUAGUAACUGGGGGUUUGCUAUUUCUUGGUCUAUCUCUGAUCCUGUGGAUGUGCAAGAGGAAACAAAGGCUGAAAGGCAAAAGAACGCCCAGUAGAGGCUACAUAUACACAAGAGGGAGACAGAAGGAAGAACUAGAGUUACCACUCUUUGACUUGGCUACGAUCUCUAAGGCCACCAAUAACUUUUCUGAACAUAAUAAGCUUGGAGAGGGUGGAUUUGGAUCAGUGUACAAGGGAAUACUGAUGGAAGGGCAAGAAAUAGCUGUGAAGAGACUUUCGAAGGAUUCUAGACAAGGUCUAGAUGAAUUCAAGAACGAAGUUAAUUAUAUCGCCAAACUGCAACACCGAAACCUGGUGAAAAUUCUAGGAUGUUGCUUCCAACUUGAAGAGAAGAUGUUGGUCUACGAGUACAUGUUUAACAAAAGCUUGGACUGCUUCAUUUUCGAUGAGAAGCGAAGCAUGUUGUUAGAUUGGCCAAACCGCUUCAACAUCAUCAUUGGGAUUGCACGGGGACUUCUUUAUCUCCAUCAGGAUUCCAGAUUGAGAAUUAUUCACAGAGAUUUAAAAGCUGAAAAUGUUUUACUGGACAAUGAGAUGAACCCAAAAAUUUCAGACUUUGGCCUCGCAAGAAGUUUCAGAGGAAAUGAAACUGAAGCAAAAACAAAGAAAGUGGUUGGGACGCACGGUUACAUUUCCCCAGAGUACGCAGUUCAUGGUGUCUACUCUAUGAAAUCCGAUGUGUUUAGCUUUGGGGUACUUGUACUAGAAAUACUAAGCGGGAAGAGGAACAGAAGCUUUCAUCAUCCAGAUCAUGACCUCAACCUUCUUGGGCAUGCAUGGAAACUCUAUAUAGAAGGAAGGCCCUUGGAAUUGGUUGAUGCAUUAGUAAGGGAAUCAUGGUUUGCAUGUGAAGUGUUACGAUCAAUCCAUGUUGGAUUGUUGUGCGUACAACAACGUCGGGAAGAUCGGCCUAGCAUGUCGACUGUAGUGGUGAUGUUAGGCGGCGAGGGUGCACUGCCUCAGCCUAAACAACCAGCCUUUUUCACAGAAACGAGUCCGCUGGAAGCAGAUUUGCCAGAAAGCAAGAAUGCAGCAUUUUCAGGUAAUGAAGGCGCCAUCAGUGAGAUAGAAGCUCGAUAGAAGGGCAAAGCAAAAGCCGAACCCCUCAGAUGAGGAAUUGCUUAGAGUGGUGACUCCACCUUCAGGGGUGCAUCCCUGGCUCACUGAAUCACAUCGAGGAAAGCCCGUCUUUUCAGCUUCCUCUCUACUGUUGGCGUCAUCUUGUAAUUAAGCCAGUUUUUUUCCUUCUUUCAACACAGUCUGUUUUGUAACAAAGCCUACUGAAAUCAUGUAAAGUCAAUAUGUAACUAAGCCUACUGAUAUCAUGUAAAUCAUUUCUUA